AUGUGGAGGAUUUUGGCUUACCCAAUACAUUAUAGGCAAACUGUUGUUGUGCCACUCACUUUCCAUGAGGAAGGCAAACAACCUAUUUAUUACCGAGAAGGUGAGUCUGCACAGAAUGUCAUGGAUCAUGACUCUCUUGAUGAAUCUCAGUUUCUUGCUUUAUUUGAACUUAAUAAGCGUGAUGAAGAAGCUAGACAGUUAUUAUACGAAGAAAUACCAAGCAAGUAUAUUUCGGAUGGGAAGGAGAAAUAUUUUUUCAGAAGAAAAACAAGAACAUUUGCUAUAGGGAGAAUUAUCUACGUUCCUCCUACCAUAGAUGAUGCAUAUCAUCUGAGGAUACUUCUCAAUUCCAUCAGAGGUCCUACCAGUUUUGAUCACAUUAAAAUUGUCAAUGAUGUCGUACACAAAACGUAUCGUGAAGCAUGUUACACUCUUGGGUUGUUAGAUGAUGACAAAGAAUAUAUUGAAGGUAUCAAAGAAGCACAUUUCAUGUGUUCUCCAAAGUUCGUUCGUAAAAUGUUUGUCAGGAUGCUUCUCGCAGCUGUUUUAAGUACUCCUCAUAUUGUAUGGGAAGAAACUUGGGAGAUGUUAUCUGAGUACAUAUUAAGGCGGAAAAGAGUUGAAUUAAAGCGACCAGCUGUAAGGAUAAGGGGAGAAAUAGUGUUGAAUACUGCAUCUAGCAGUAUAUCCUCUCUUUUGUUAGAAGGUGGGAGAACAGCUCAUUCAACGUUUGGCAUUCCUCUUGACGUUCAUGAAGAGUCAAUGUGCAGAAUGUCAAGGUCUUCUGAUCUAGGUGAAUUAGUCCAAGAAGCAAAGUUGAUAAUUUGGGAUGAAGCUCCAAUGAUGAGUAAAUAUUGCUUUGAGACUUUGGAUAGAAGUUUGAAAGGUGAGGAAAGGAUUUACUUAAGUUCAGAUAGUAUUGAUCCUGCAGAUAAAAGGAAUAAAGACAAUCUUGCAUACAGCCCGCAUUUCCUAAACUCAGUUAGGAUUUCAGGAGUGUCAAACCAUGCUCUUCGUUUGAAAAUUGGUUGUCCAGUAAUGUUGUUACGCAAUAUUGAUCCUCAUGGAGGUCUAAUGAAUGGAACAAGACUACAAAUUACACAAAAGGCUGAUCAUGUUAUACAAGCAAGAAUCAUCACUGGUACGCGAGUUGGUAAAAUUGUUCUUUUACCAAGAAUGGUGUUAAUACCAUCAGAUACUCGUUUGCCUUACAAAAUGAGACGCAUACAAUUUCUGAUUAACGUUGCUUUUGCAAUGACUAUUAACAAAAGUCAAUGUCAGUCUCUCUCAAAUAUUGGUUUAUACUUGCCUAAACCUGUCUUCUCUCAUGGCCAGCUAUAUGUAGCUAUGUCCCGUGUAAGCUCUAAAUCAGGAUUGAAAAUCCUCAUUACUGACCCAAAAGAAAAACCUCAAAAGAAAACAAGUAAUGUCGUCUUCAAAGAGGUUUUCCAAAACAUUUGA